AUGAGUACAUCGCCUGACCAGACUCUGGUCACGCAUCCACUCCAUGUGGCCAAAAAGGGGGCGCUGAUGGGCGCUGGUUCUGCUAUCCCUGGUCUCAUUGUCGGCGCUACCUACGGCACCCUCCGCACCCAAACCCCCGUCCUCUUCUCCCUUGUCUCGGGCGCUCAGUGGUUCGCCAUCGGCACGACCUUCUUCAGUAUCCGGACCUCUAUCCUCAACUCUACCGGCCUGCGAAACUGGUGGAAUCUCACUCGCGGUGCACCCCUACUCCCCCUUCCUGAUCAUGGCCCCUCCCACUCAGACCGCAUCCGCGCAUCCACCAUCUCCGGCGCAGCCACUGGCUUUACGUUGGGCUUCCUUUUCCGUGGGCCACGGAACGUUAUCCCCGGUACCAUUAUGUUUUCCUUGUUUGGAUUCGGAGGACAGCACGCGUAUGAGUGGCUGGACGUUCGGAAAUCGGGAAAAGCUAGGGAGGAGAGAGAGAUGAAGGAGAAGGGCGAAGUGAAAGAGACAUUUAUGCAGCGGUUAGGGAAGAGCAAGUGGAGCCCUAUGCGAACGCUAAGUGAUGAAGAAUAUGAGGGGAUGAUGAGGGAGAGGAUUUUGAAAGUGGACGUAGAGAUAGCGCUUCUCAAAGACAGGAUCGAAGCGGUGAAGAAAGAGAAAGAGAUCGAGGACAAGACAAGGGUCGAGGCUCCGUUAGAGUCGCACGAGAAGAGAUAA